AGCAAAGCUCCUGCAGAGGAGUGGUUUUUCAAAAAGGAGCAAGCGUUCCCAACAAGCAAACAUUCACACGGAAGCUCCGCCCCCUGCUGGCUGCUGUGGAGGCGAGAGGCUCUUCCAAGGAGGAGGACGUCACAUCCCCUUGACCCUCCAAUCACCUCGGGGUCCCAUUUGAUUGGAAGGCGGCAAAGGCUUUAAUCUCGGGACUAAUUCAGCUCUUUUUUUUCCUCUGCGAGUGAAAACGUCUCCCAGUCGCUGGUGCGGGACUACAAGCAGGGAGGACGCGGACUGGGACGCACACGGCAGGCAGGCAGCGGAGAUACGGACCUGCGAGAGCCACCGAAGCACCACCUCCUCCUUCCUUUUCUUUUUCUUCCAACCGUCAGGAUUAUUAUCAUCGUUAUUUUUCUUUCCUUUUUGCUGCUUUUGUCUUUCCUUGAUGAAUGCGACCAAAGCCUCGCCGUCCACUUGGCUGAGCAUUGGGACAUGAGCACAUCGCCCUCGGCGUCUGUCCUGACAAAUCUCGCCGAAAUCCGAGCCAGUCUUCGGGGAAGCAGCCAGCCAGCGUCUCUCCUCCUCCAGCAGCACCAGCCGGCACCGCCGUCAGACCCGCUCCGGCAAGCCAACAGACUCCCGGUGAAGGUUUUGAAAAUGCUGACGGCACGUUCCGGACACAUUUUGCACCCGGAGUACCUGCAGCCUUUACCCUCCACCCCCGUCAGCCCCAUCGAGCUCGAUGCCAAGAAAAGUCCGCUGGCCCUCCUGGCGCAGACCUGCUCCCAGAUCGGCAAGCCGGACCCACCGCCCUCCUCCAAGCUGUCCUCCGUCACCUCCAAUGGAUCUAGCGACAAGGAUUCUAAAUCCGGCCCUUUGAAACUGAGCGACAUCGGCGUGGAUGACAAAUCCAGCUUCAAGCCUUACUCCAAGCCGUCAGACAAGAAGGACUCCUCGGGUGUCUCAGGCGGAGCGGACAAGUCUGGUUUCCGAGUGCCGAGCGCCACCUGCCAGCCGUUCACGCCGCGUACAGGCAGCCCCAACUCCAGCACGUCAGCCUCCCCCAUGCCGCAGGAGGGCAAAUGCGGGGAGAGAGACGAGAGCAAGAAGGAGUCGGACUGCGGGAAAAGUGGCCCCGCGGACGGCUCGGCCACGUCCAGUCACAGCCGGAUAAGUGUGAGUUGCGGUGGGAUUAACGUGGAGGUGAACCAGCACCAGGAGACCACGCACGGCGCUAAGACCUCCGCGUCUUCCUCCUCAUCGGAGUCCCCCUCGGUGACGUCCGUGUCCUCGGCGUCGGUGCUCGGCUCGGGGCUCGUCGCGCCGGUGUCCCCGUACAAACCCGGUCAGACCGUCUUCCCUCUGCCCCCCGCGGGUAUGACGUACCCGGGCGGCUUGGCAGGGGCCUACGCGGGCUACCCGCAGCACUUCAUGCCACACGGAGGCAGCCUGGUCAACGCGCAGCUGGCCAGCUCGCUCGGGUGCAGCAAGGCCGGCUCCAGCCCUCUGGCCGGGGCUUCGCCACCCUCCAUCAUGUCGGCCAGCCUGUGCAGAGACCCUUACUGCCUCAGCUACCACUGUGCCAGCCACUUGGCGGGCGCGGCCGGCGCGUCUUGUACGCACGACUCGGCUGCUGCAGCGGCGGCGAGUGCGCUCAAGUCCAGCUACCCCCUCAUGUACCCGACGCACCCCAUCCACGGAGUCCACACCUCGGCUCCCUCCUUCAGCGGACACCCCCUUUAUCCAUAUGGCUUUAUGCUCCCCAAUGACCCCCUCCCUCAUGUUUGCAACUGGGUCUCUGCGAACGGACCGUGUGACAAGCGUUUCUCCUCCUCGGAGGAGCUCCUGAACCACCUGAGGACACACACUGCUUUCACCGGGGCAGAGAAGCUCAUUUCCGGCUACCCGGGCUCCUCCUCGCUGGCCAGCGCGGCUGCCGCGGCCAUGGCCUGCCACAUGCACAUGCCCCCCUCCGGGGCCCCGGGCAGCCCCGGGACUCUGGCUCUGAGGAGCCCGCACCACGCACUGGGACUCAGCAGCCGCUACCACCCGUACUCCAAAAGCCCCCUGCCGACCCCCGGAGCCCCCGUCCCGGUGCCUGCAGCUACUGGCCCUUACUACUCCCCCUAUGCACUGUACGGCCAGAGACUCACCACAGCGUCCGCGCUUGGAUACCAGUGAAAGACACAAACGAGACUUUGCAAAGUUUAUAAGAAUACAAAGAAUGCAAAUAUAAAGACUUUUAUAUGAACGCAUAUGGGCGGGAUCCGUGGACUUUGAAACUGUAUUUAUUUAUAUGUCUGCUUAAAAGCAGGCGGCAAAAAUGGAACAUAUUUCAGCGACUCAAAAAGUGCAUUAUGUCCAAACAGAACUCAAAUAGCUUCAAGUGGACGAGGGGAGGGUUUCUUGUUUUUAUAAAGACGGAAAACAAGCCCAACACACACACACGCACACACACACACACACACACACACACACACACUAGAGUACUAAUUCAAACUAGGGUUCCUUAUUUCGAUGUUGAUUUGAAAUUGCUAUGAUUGUAUUUGUUCUUUAUUUAAGAAAAAAAAUGUCUCAUUGAGAAGAAAAUAAUUUACGUGCAUGUUUUUUUGUUUUGUUUUCUUUAAAAAAAAAUCAGAAAUUGUCCACAUUUGAAUUAUUUUUCAGGUGUAUACCAUGGGGAGAGAAUUGGUAUUUUUUUGUAUGUAUCCUGGAAAAAAAAAAAGAAACAGUUCUGUUCCAUAUCUCCGUGUGCCUCAUUGAAUUUAUUCACUGCCAUAUAUACCCUCCACCCAAAAAAAGUGUUUUACUUUUUUAUAUAUUUUUUUCCAGUGACAUUUAGAAGGAUACGAAAGAUGAGUG